CCAAAACAGAAGCAAAGCCGACGAGCUCUAUUUCCUCCGCCGACAGACCCGGCGCCUAACCACAGGGCUCUGUUCCUCCUCUUUGUCUCCCCUUCGCGAGCGAUGAUAAAGCGGCGUUUCUACAGGCAAGAGCGCGGCGACGGGGGCGCCGCCUCCUCCGAUUCAUCCUCCUCUUCUGAUUCCGACGAAGAAUUAGAAGCACAGGAAGAAGAUGUGGAGGCCACUGGGGGAUCGAAGGACCACGACGACGAUGAAGAAGAAGAAGAAGAAGAAGCAAGGGAGGAGCGGCAGGAGCAUCCGCGUCACUCGCCUUCUUCUGGUUCUGGAUAUGAAAGCGAAGAAAGCUCUGGGAAUGUGGUAGAAGGAGAUUCUUCAGGCUUGCUCACCAAUGAGGAAAACGAUGUCUCUGAAAAUGUUGGUGGAAACCCUAAGGAUAGUCAGCUAAAUGCUGGAGUUAAAGCUAAAGAUAGCAUGAAGGUCAAAACUGGGAGCAGUUCUAUUGAUAUGAAUGAUCCUAUUCAAGCUGAUUUUGCAAAUUAUAUCUUGAAACACAAGUCAGUUUUUAAGUGCCGACUUUGCCCAAGAAUUGUCUGCUUAAGUGAAGAUACAGUGAAGACACACCUUAAGUCAAAGAGGCAUGCUCGUUCAAGGAAACUGUUAGGAGAGGGGAGGCUCAGGCUGAUGCUUAAUAGUGAUGGUGAGAUCGAAGAAGACCAAGAAACACACUCAGAAAGGCAUGCACGAACCAUAGCUCUUGCAGAGGAGCUGAAUGGUGCCAAAAAGAGGGAUUCAGGGCGCCAGCGACAGAGCCGUAGAAGGAAAAUGAGGUUGCGGAACAAGGGGGAAACAGAAAAGCGAAUGGAUAAGCCAAAGAAACGAAGCAAAACUGAGGAUUGAGGAAUGUGGCAGACUCCUUGUUGCUGGAGAAGGCUCCUGCCAUUUUCCAAGAAGUGAAUGCACAGGAACCCAAAGGAAUUUUUGUAGCUUAUGUUUGUUAAACUUCCUUGAAUUUUCCCCUGCCACUUUGCUUAUCAAAUAUUUAGGGUUCGAGGCUUUCAGUUGGUUGGAUUUGAUACUUUCAGAGAUACCCAUAAAAAGUAAAUGAAAAUUUCUCAUCAUUUGUUUCUCA